UUGUGAUGUGAUAUGUGCAUGAUCUAAUAUAAGAAAGAACUUGUCCAUUUCUUAGUAAAUCUGUUAAGCCCUUCUCUUUCCAUGUUCACAGCUCUCUCUCUCUCUCUCUCAUAUAAAAACACAAAGCUUCUCUGCUUUUCUCUUCAAUUUCUCUUUGAGGUAGAUAAGAAGUGAGAAAUGAAAGCUACAAUAGCAAGAAAAGCUGUGGCGUUUUUCACAAUUGUUGGGUUCGCUAGCUUCAUUGUAAUUCAUGUUUAUGGGGAUUAUCCGAAGGUAGGUUUGCUGCCAAACAGUCCUCAUUAUUUCCAAAUGAAUCAAAUGCAGGAACUUAAAGCUUCAAUCCUUCGCCGUAAUCUGGUUUCUUUGAUCUCUCCUUCGCCACCACCGACAGCAACAUCAAGUCCGCGAAUUUAUCGAGCAACAGCCUAUGGUGCUGAUCCAACAGGAAAAACAGAUAGCACAGAAGCACUCCUCAAAGCUAUUUCUGAUGCUUUUGAAUCUCCAAAUAAUGGAGAUCUGAUGCAGGGGAUCACCAAUCUUGGUGGUGCACAGGUAUACCUUGAAGGAGGCUAUUACAUGAUAAGUAGACCAUUGAGGUUGCCAGCCAGUGGAGGUGGAAAUCUUUUGAUUCAUGGUGGAUCACUGAAAGCAUCUAAUAGUUUUCCGGGAAAUCGGUAUUUGAUAGAGCUAUCUGCAUCUUCCUCAUCAACCUACUCCUAUGAAUAUAUCACCCUUAGAGAUCUCCUAUUAGACUCUAAUUACAGAGGAGGUGGGAUUUCAGUUAUCAACUCACUUAGAACUACCAUAGACAAUUGUUACAUUACUCAUUUCACAACCAAUGGAAUCUUAGUCCAAGGUGGCCAUGAGACCUACAUUAGAAACUCUUUCCUAGGGCAACACAUCACCGCCGGCGGUGACCCCGGAGAGAAGAGCUUCUCCGGCACGGCAAUCAGCCUAAUAGGCAAUGAUAAUGCUGUCACAGAUGUGGUCAUCUUUUCUGCAGCAAUUGGAAUAAUGGUGGCUGGUGAGGCUAAUACACUCACUGGAGUUCAUUGCUAUAACAAAGCUACUGGUUGGGGUGGAACAGGUAUUUAUCUCAGGCUACCUGGUUUGACACAAACCCGGAUUGUGAAUUGUUACAUGGAUUACACUGGAAUCGUUGCAGAAGACCCAGUUCAAUUACUUAUCUCUAAUACAUUCUUCCUUGGUGAUGGUUUCAUUUUAUUGAAGUCCAUUAAAGGAGUAAUUAGAGGUGUCAACAUUGUUGAUAAUAUGUUCUCAGGAAGUGGAACAGGGGUGAAUAUAGUCCAAUUGGAUCAAUCAAAUGGACCUUUCAAGACCAUUGAUGGAGUUGUGAUCGAUCGAAACAACGUAAACGAAAUGAAAUUAAGGGCAACUGUUGCAAGAGAAAUGACUGAAGGGAAUGGAAGCUCAUGGGUUAUUGAUUUCAACAAUGUUUUACUAUUCCCUAAUCUCAUCAAACAUGUUCAUUACACCUUGAGCACCCCUGUCUCAGGCUAUUUCCCUAACCAUGCUUUGCGAAAUGUGUCAGAGAAUCGCGUUGUGGUUGAAUCAGAUAGGACUGUGCAGGCUACUGUUUUUGUUACAGUAAAUCAAAGUCCUAUGAGUAAUGGAUGAAUUGAUUUGGAGAAUCCAGAAGAAGGAAGAAAUGAAGGCACAGGAAGGAUGGAAAAUUAUGUCUUUCCACAAAGUCAUACUAGCACAGCUCAAAUUAAAUUGAAAUAAAUUAAUACUCAAAUACUGUAUAACUUUGAAAUGAAAAUUUUUUCAAAUUUUUGGUGUACUGAAGCAUGUAUUGGUGAUUGAAGAUAUACACAAUGAAAUCACGACUCCAUUAAA